UUUGCAGAUUGUAGGAAGAGUUUAGAGGUAUAUUCUUGGGUGGGAAUAAUCUUUUUUUUUUUUGGGUACCUAACUUUCUUGUUACUUCAUUUGGAGUGGCAGUUUCAUAAGAAAGGCAUUUCAGCUCUCACAAUCAAUCUUCAUUCCAUCUAUAGUGAUAUUCUUCAACCUUCCAGUCCACCCCUUUCAAUUAUGGCAGACAACAGUUCGUUCCCAACGGUAGGAGAAGUACCUGUUUCACCUCCUUGUCUUAUGAAGGCCAAGGUUUCAUGGAUGUCCACAGUGAGGGGUAAUCUUUCACACGAAGAACGUAUAUUGAGAAGGGUUAGAGGUAUAUUGAACAAGCUGACAGUGGAGAAGUACACAAUUUUGAGAACCCAACUCAUUGAUUCAGGGAUCACAACCCUGCACAUUUUACAAGGCGCUGUGUCUCUGAUAUUGAACAAGGCUUUUGCGGAACCAAUGUUUUGUCCUCUGUACGCUUUUCUAUGUCAUGAACUGUCAUGCAGCUGGCUCUUGGAUCCUCCAGAUGGGCUCCCAUCAUUUUGUUCGGAUAAGCGUUUGGGUAAAGAAAUCACAUUUAAGCGUAUCCUUGUGAAUAAAUGCCAGAAAGCGUUUGAGCUUGAAAAUAUGAAGGUAGCAGAGACCAGGCAGCAGAUUGUGACAGGGGUCUCUUCAGAUGAUAGAUACAAAGAGAGAAGACGAAAUCUUGGGGACAUACAAUUUAUUUGUGAGCUCUUGAAGCAAAAAAUUUCAAUUCUGCCAGUUUUUAUUGUACAUAGGAUCCUUGGGCAGUUGUUGGAUCCAAAUGAUGCCGAGGUGAAUGUCGAGGCAGUGUGUUUGUUACUGAGUACAGUUGGUAAGGAGCUGGAUGAGUGGUGCACCUGGGUAUCAAAGAGGAAAGAGCUUUCGAAUGAGUCCCCAAAUGAGUAUCACAGGUGGCAUGAAACUUACUUCGGUUGGCUAAAAGACGUGCUGGCAACACAUCCCCAAAUGGAAACACGGUUGAAGUUCAUGAUUCGCAAUCUUCUGGAUCUCCGGGCAAACAAAUGGGUCGAUCUGAGACAUAAUAACGUCAAAGAUAAGACAAUUCCUGAAUUAAUCAGUGCUUCAGAGGAAAGUGCAAGUAGUACCAUAAAUACGAGGAAUCGUAGGGCAGUACAAUUUCAUCCCAAGAACCAACCUGACCCCCACAGUUGGUGAUGCAAUGAUGACGUGGAGUUUCCUUACCAGUGGCAGCUAUCUAUGUGUGCGUGUGUGUUUGUUUGGAUUCCUUUUUUAUUACAAUGAUCUUGUAGAAAGUCUACUUGUAUAUAUUAGUGGUGGUGGUGGUUGUGCACAUCUUUUUCAAUAUCGAGCAGCGCAGUACUGCUUGCAUUCUUGUGAAUGACUUCUUCAGUGGCGUGUUUGGCUUCUUGAUUGGGUGAGGUUUGGGGUGUUGGAUUAAAAGAUGAAGAAGUAGUGAAGUUGGUGUUGUGGCUUUGACAAGGAGAGCUGUGUUGACCUUGGUUUAUUGGAAAUGUUAGGACUUGGAGGAAGUUGUAACCAGGGAUUUGGAGGCCUAUUACACCAGCCAUGAUGUUUCACUGAUGGGGUUUUAUGCAUUUCCCUGUGACUUGGAUACUUACACCCAAGUUAUUCCUUACUUUUGAGUUUUCUUUUCUUUUCCCAGAUGGUACCUACCUUUCUUGUCAUCACUUUACUUUGUAAUGAGAAACAUUUUCAACUCUCACUUUUAUUCUUCAUUAUAUCUUCGGUGAUCUUCUUCAUCCUCCCAAUCCACCACCCCCUUCGGUUAUGGCAGACACCAGUUCUACCCCAGAGGUGGGAGAAGGAUCUGCUCUUCCUCCUUGUCUUAUGAAGGCUGAGGUUUCAUGGAUGUCCACCGUGAGGGGUAAUCUGUCCUAUGAAGAACGUAUAUUGAGAAGAGUUAGAGGUGUUGCAUGUCUGAUAUUUCACAAGGCUUUGGCGGAGCCAAUGUUUUGUCCUCUCUACGCUUUUCUAUGUCAUGAACUGUCACUUCCUCCACAUGGGCUCCCAUCAUUUCCUUUUGAGUGCGGGUGGCAAGAAAUCACAUUCGAGCGUCUCUUCGUGAGUAGAUGCCAGGAAGCCUUUGAAAGUGAGAACAGGAAGUUAGCAGAAACCAGGCAGCAGAUUGUGACAGGGGUCUCUUCAGAUGUUAGAUAUAAAGAGAGAAGACGAAAUCUUGGAGACCUGCAAUUUAUUUGUGAGCUCAUGAAGCAAAUUAGUUAUCCAAUUCUGCAGAUAUCUCUUGCACAUCAAAUUCUUUAUCAGUUAUUGGAUCCGAAUGAUGUCGAGGUGAAUGUUGAGGCAAUAUGCUUUUUUUUAAACACAGUUGGUAAGGAGGUGGACGAGUUAUCCAGCAAGGCACGUACUAACAACGAUGUUCACUUUAAGUCGUCUGGAAGACGUGCUGACAACACAUCCCCAGUUGGAAACACGGCUAAAGUUCAUGAUUCACAAUCUUAUGGAUGUGAAGAUGACUUGGCUUAAACUAUAUCAAAUGAUAAACUAACAUGUGAAGGGUAUAAUCGUCAUGCAACUUAAACAUAACAUGUCUCAUAAAUAAUACGUAAGAAUUCGACAAAUUUUAUAUAUUUGGAAAGCUUUUUGAAAGACCUACACA